AUGGUUGGAUUCACCAGCCAUAUUAGAGGUAUAGGGUUUGCUCUACAACUGAAAGGAAAUUCAUGGCUGAGGUUUACUCUUGUAAUGGAGGAGGAAGAGGAGGAGAGGUUGAGUAGGAGAAGUGGUGGUGGUGGUGGUGAUUGGUGCUAUGCGAGCUGUCCUGCCUCGACAGUCACUGUUCAGCCACCUCCUUUUGUCCUAACUAUACCAGGACCAGCAUUAUACUGCCCUGACCAAGUCUUCGGCAUUGAACAAUACAAUCCGUGUGCAGGCUUUGGUGGCAUGGUGACGAGAGGUGGUGGUGGCAUUGGUGUUGAGGGUAGGGGAGGAACUCUGGGUGCUUUGGGAGCUGGAAGAGGAGGUUGGGGGGGUAGUUGGAGUGGUGGAAGUGGAAUAGGGAGUAGGAUAGGUGGUGGACUGGGCAUUGGAGGAGUAGGAGGCCCCAGAGGUGGCGGACUGGGCAUUGGAGGAGUAGGAGGCCGGAGAGGUGGUGGACUGGGCAUUGGAGGAGUAGGAGGCCCCAGAGGUGGUGGACUGGGCAUUGGAGGAGUAGGAGGCCCCAGAGGUGGUGGACUGGGCAUUGAUGGAGUAGGAGGCCCCACAGGUGGUGGACUGGACAUUGAUGGACCAAGGGGUACCACAGGAAGUUGGAGUGGAGGUAGUGGAGUAGGGGGCACUGUGGGUGGUCGCAGAGGCAGUAUUGGAGCAGGAAGCAUCACUGGUGGGGAUUUAGGCACUGGUGGAGUUGGGGGCACCAGAGGUGGUUGUCUGAGCACUGGUGGAACAAGGGUUACCACGGGAGGUUGGAGUGGAGGUAGCAGAACAGGGGGUAGUGUGGGGGGACGGAGAGGUAGCAUUGGAGCUGGAGGUACUGUGGCUGGUUGGAGUGGAGGAGGUGGCCGCAGAGGCAGCGUUGGAACGGUGAGCGUCACUGGUGGCGAUUAUGGCCUUAGCGGAGCAGGGGGUGGUUGGAGUAGCAGCCACCGAAUAAGCGGAAGCCACCGAUGGAGUGGCAGUGGAUAUGGUGGUAGCGGUGGGUACAGCGGUGGUGGAUAUGGUGGAGGUUAUGGCAGUAGUGGGUAUGGUGGUGGCUUUAGCAGUGGCAGAUAUGGUACCUCUGGAUAUGGAGGUGGUUAUGGCCACACUGGUGGAUACAGACGGAUCAAAUACUCCGUCGGUGGAGGGAGUGGACACAGAAGUGGUGGCUUCAGCAGCCGAUCUUAUGGGGGUUCCUAUGGAGGAACUUUGGCGGUGCUGCCAGGCCCUUCGGACAUCUCCUGUUACUGA